CAACGAUUACCACUUCACCCAUGGUCUAUGGGAGGAAUGGGCAGUGGAUUCUCAGUUGGCAGGCAGGCAGGCAAGGGUGAGGAGCUACUACUCCAAAGAAAACAACUGAAACAGAUUCAACUAUGGCAUUAAUAAGUGGUCUGUGUCGCCUUCUGGUCAAUCCUCAGAGAGCAGUUUUCAUCUUAGCCUCCAGAUCACAGGGAACGGCAGUAACGCCAAAAUGGGAAGCAGAAAAGGAAACCGCAAAGAAGCGUCCCAAAGCACCCAAGGUGCAGUUUAACUGGCAAGAUGCCUUGAAUCUUGAGGGACUUUUGACAGAGGAGGAGAUCAUGAUCAGGGAUUCCUUCCGCACCUACUGUCAGGAGAAGCUCAUGCCCCGUGUUCUUAUGGCCAACAGGAAUGAAGUCUUCCACCGUGAGAUUGUCUCUGAGAUGGGUGAACUAGGUGUCCUAGGUCCAACAAUUAAAGGCUAUGGCUGUGCUGGCACAAGCUAUGUGGCGUACGGUCUGAUCGCCCGGGAGGUGGAGCGGAUUGACAGUGGCUACCGCUCAGUAAUGAGCGUGCAGUCCUCUCUGGUCAUGCACCCCAUCAAUGCCUACGGAACUGAGGAACAGAAGGAGAAGUACCUGCCCAGGCUGGCUCGGGGCGAGAUCCUUGGCUGCUUUGGCCUGACUGAACCCAACCAUGGCAGUGACCCCAGCGGUAUGGAGACGCGUGCUAAGUUCAACCCAUCCAGUCGCACCUUUACCCUCACCGGCUCCAAGACCUGGAUCACAAACUCCCCUGUGGCAGACAUCUGUGUCGUUUGGGCCAAGUGUGAAGAUGGCAAGAUUCGAGGGUUCAUCCUUGAGCGUGGCAUGAAGGGCCUAAGCACACCCAAGAUUGAGGGAAAAUUCUCCCUGAGAGCCUCGGCCACUGGCAUGAUCAUCAUGGAUGAGGUGGAGGUACCAGAGGAGAACCUGCUGCCUAAUGUGUCAGGACUGGCUGGUCCAUUUGGAUGUUUAAACAACGCCCGGUAUGGCAUUGCAUGGGGAUCGUUGGGUGCCGCUGAGUUCUGUUUCCAUGCUGCCCGCCAGUACACAAUGGACAGAAUACAGUUUGGAGUGCCCCUGGCCAGAAACCAGCUGAUGCAGAAGAAGAUGGCGGACAUGCUUACCGAGAUCACCAUUGGAUUGCAGGCCUGCUUACAACUUGGCAGACUGAUUGAUAACAAAAAAGCAUCCCCUGAGAUGAUCUCCAUGCUGAAGAGGAACAGCUGUGGCAAGUCUCUGGACAUUGCCAGACAGGCUCGUGACAUGUUGGGGGGCAAUGGCAUCUCUGACGAGUACCACAUCAUCCGCCACGUCAUGAAUCUGGAGGCAGUCAACACGUAUGAGGGUACCCAUGACAUUCAUGCACUGAUUCUGGGAAGGGCCAUCACAGGCCUGCAGUCCUUCACUGUGGGGAAAUAGGACCCUGCUUUUCUCUCAUGCCUGUAAGCGCUCUUUCAAUAGCCAGUUGCUGCCUUUAAGAAAGUGGUUCAAGAAUCUGAUAGAUCUAAAAACAUUUGAACAGGUCUGUAUUCAACAACCAGGAUAUUAUGUUUGAAAGGGAAAAUGGUUUGGUUUAUAAAGUACAGAAGAAGAAGAAAAACAAAAAAAAGAACCCUGUCAGAUAUUUUGGACUCAAUGUAGUUCAACAGAGCAAAUCACUAUUUUUCUAUUCACACCAUACCUUUACUAUCCCACAAGAGUAGUUUGUAUAGAGAUUGGUGUUGUAAAUAUUAGUUUAUUGAAUAACAUAGCUCAGAAAGAUAACAGAUUUUAUGUUCAUUUACAAAUGACUACUACAUUAUGAGGCAAGACAAAGAGUGCAACACACUAAUUUGUCAUACAUAGUCGCUUUUAGUAUUUGAGAUACAUAUUUACAGUUGAUGAAUGAACUUUACUUGGAAUCGUUUGAAAUAAUAUGAUUUCCAAUCCAUUAUCAGGAUCUUUUCUCUUGCAUGGUUUGAAAGGCAUUUGUUUCAAAUGUCAAAACUUAAAAUGAUGCCUUAUAAAUAAAGCCGGUUGCAGUUUA